CUCCCCAGAGCUGGUAGCCUGAGUAGGCCCCCUGGGGUCUGCAGGAAGCUGCUGUGGCCUGAGAAGCAUUCGGUUACAGGAGAGGAAACAGGAACAGGAGACUUGGGAUUCUCUUCCUUCCGACCCCUGGGCUCCUUCCUGCAAAGGCUCAUCACUCCUUAGACCUUGGAAACAGCAGAGAAGUGCAGACAGGAGCGAUCCACCAUGCCUGAAGUCAAAGACCUUUCGGAAGCCUUGCCAGAGACGUCCAUGGAUCCCAUCACGGGAGUGGGAGUGGUGGCUUCUCGGAACCGAGCCCCAACAGGCUACGACGUAGUUGCGCAGACAGCAGAUGGCGUGGAUGCUGACCUCUGGAAAGACGGCUUAUUUAAAUCCAAGGUUACCAGAUACCUGUGUUUCACAAGAUCAUUUUCCAAAGAAAAUAGUCAUUUAGGGAACGUGCUGGUGGAUGUGAAGCUCAUUGACGUCAAGGACACUCUGCCUGUGGGCUUCAUCCCGAUUCAGGAGACCGUGGACACACAGGAAGUGGCUUUUAGAAAGAAGAGGCUGUGCAUUAAGUUUAUCCCACGGGAUUCAACGGAAGCCGCAAUUUGUGACAUUCGGAUCAUGGGCCGGACCAAGCAGGCCCCCCCUCAGUACACAUUCAUUGGGGAACUGAACAGCAUGGGGAUCUGGUACCGAAUGGGCAGAGUACCAAGAAAUCAUGACUCCUCUCAGCCCACAACGCCGUCGCAGUCAUCGGCUGCUCCCACCCCAGCCCCCAACCUUCCCAGGCACAUCUCGCUCACGCUCCCUGCUACCUUCCGAGGCAGGAACAGCACUCGGGCUGACUAUGAGUACCAGCACUCCAAUCUCUAUGCCAUAUCAGCAAUGGAUGGUGUGCCUUUUAUGAUUUCAGAGAAGUUUUCCUGUGUUCCAGAAAGUAUGCAGCCCUUUGAUCUCUUGGGAAUCACCAUCAAAUCUCUGGCAGAAAUUGAAAAAGAGUACGAGUACAGCUUCCGCACGGAGCAGAGCGCCGCCGCCAGGCUCCCGCCCAGCCCUACCCGGUGUCAGCAGAUCCCCCAGUCCUGAGGGGCGAGGACACCGCCCAGACCACUGCGCGCCUUCCCCUCGCCCGGCCCCUCCCGCCGCCGCCUUCCUCACUGCCCUGCUUCUGGGAGACUCCGAGCGGCUGAGCUGUUACCUCCUCGGUCAUCGGCUUGCCUGACACGACGCCCCGCCUCCCUGGGGAUGCUGUUCGUAAUCUCAACUAAUCUGUGUGUGCUGUAGUGACCAGCGGCUCCUGCCAUGUCUGUGUGAUGACCCGUUGUCCCACCAACAACCCUGCGCACCACGGGAGUCACCCCGAGGGCCCUGGACAGUUGUUCUGGCCGCCCAGUGACGCCACCGACUCCCGGCACUCCUUACUGAGGCCACCACUAAGCCAUUGCUUUCCUCCCGGGAGACCCUGAGGAGACCCAGACAUGUGGAACAGGCCCCUCACGCCCAUGGCAUCAAGUGCCAGAGAAUUUCACAGGGACCCUGAGGAAGCCCAGCCUAGCCUCCUGUCCGCUGUGGACAUCCUCCGAUUUGUCACUCUGUUUAUACACUGGACACCCUGAGGUCAGGGGGCAGCCAUGCCCCAGCCACCAGCCCAGAGAGGACUUGCCUUCUGGGCGAUAAAGGCGAGUGGCCGGGUGCCUGUCUGCAGGUGACUUUUGCUGCCAGGAUGCUGUGCUCACUCACCUCACACCCUCAUCCCCACAAAGGGCUCAUCUCUGCGGUGCCCACGUGCCAACAACAGCUCCAACUGCCCGGCCCUGCACCUGUCCCGGUGACCAGGCCUGCCGGUAAAGAGGCUCUGUGAGCCGGUGCCCAGGGACACGGACACACAGCCACCCAGCUUCUCAGCACCAGCCGUGUCUUGGUGGCCUCUGCGCAGGAACAGUUGUUUGAAGUCUGUCUGGCCCGGGUGACCAAACUGGGGCCAGAGCUGACAUUUCUGCCCCAAGUGGCCCUUGGACGCGCUGGCAUCCUGGAAGCUUGGUUCUCACUCUGUGGAGUUUGCGCCAACUCCCCAGAACUUGGUAUCUCGCAUCUCGAGGGUCACUGGAUGGCUGGAGCUUUGGGCGCAAGGUUUGCUAGGUGUCCAACAGCUGGCAUGCAGGCGGCCACGGAGAGCAGCAAGGCGGCCCAGAGAGCCCUGCCCAACCAGGGACAGUCCUUCCUCCUGGCAGCUCCUAGGAUGGCACAUCGGUGGCUGGGGGCCAGCAGCUAGGAGGGGCGGCCUCUAGCUGAGAGGUGGGGCUGGGGCAAAACAUACCUCACACCCCCGCAUCAGCGCCCCCACCUCCACCCCCACCCCACGGUCGCCCCUUGGUCUUCAUUUCAAUACCUCCUGACCUCUGUGCAUUAGGGAAGGUGGUCACCUCUCCGCCCAUCCUCGGGGACCUCCCCGGUGGAGCUGGCCUUCCCGUGCCUCCCUCAUGGUAAGGUGGCAAGAAAAGGCAGUUGGUUGGUGGAACCCACCCGGGCCCGGGAGGCGCACAGGGUGGACAGUCCCCGUGUGAACCUCUUGGGAUUGGUGCUCACCCAGGGCAGAGCUGACGCAUCCACCUCACCUGUACCCACUGAAAUAAGCUGGUUGUUUCCAGGGAAUCGGGGAGCCGUGUGGGGCCCCGAGAUCCUGUGUCUGCUGCUACUGCUGUUUGCACGGGUAGGGCAGGUCCAAAACCAACAGAGAGGGGUGGCGUCUGCACUCACCUCUGUCCUUCCUCUGCGACAUGCCCCAGCUGUGGGAUCAUCUCCAACACUCAACGCCCCACCACCUUUCUCCUUGACUCAGAAGCAAGCAUUCUGGUGGCUCUGAUGGACCUAGGAGGGCCAAAGACAGUCACGUGGGGUCCCUUGCCGGGAGCAAGAGGGCAGUCAGGGCGGUGGUUGGGGGAGGAGCCCCACCCAACCCCAGGCCACCCUGCCGUCCCGGGAUGGACAGAGCAAGGCAGGGCUGUGGGGCCGCCAGGAAAAGGGCAAACUCCCUGCGUGGACUCAGGGGAGCUGGAGAGGCCCCCACGGCAUCCCAGACUGAGUCUGGGCAGAAUGGUGACUGAUCGUAGCCAGCAUGGCAGCUUACAGAGCAGCGUUGGGGGAAGCUGGCGGCUGCGGUAGAUCGUAGGCAGAGCCCAGCCCUCUGUCUCUCCCCGAGAGGUGGGUACCCACGUGCCCCGCCCGUCUCAUGGGGAAGCGGCGCUCCACUCACCCUGGGACUCGAGCCACCUCUGCUGCUUUCCGGGAUGGUGCUUUUCUUCACGAAUCCUCGGGCCGCGUCGGGAGGGGAAGCCCGCAAUUCUCCCAGAAACACGAAGGGCGGCAGCCUCUGUCCUGCCCAGAAGGACUGACCAGAGCACAGUAUCCCUGCUGCCGCCUCUUUUCCCUCUGAAAACCCCAAGUCUCUCGCCAGAAGCCUUGGAAACAGCACAGUGGUGAUAAGGAGGGAGCAGUCAGCUCCAGGGUCACUUGCAAAUGUAUGACCAGGCUUUUCCACCCCAAGUCCAGGAACUGAUAGGGCCACAGCCUCCACUCGGGAAGGUGGGAAGCCUCCCUGCCUCCACCUGGGGGUGGGAAGAAGUAGCAGCUUAGGCCUCCUCUUGAGCUCCCUCUGCAGUGGGCGAGGAGAAGCUGCCAGUGGCUUUUCCACAUGUCCCCGCUUUGUUCAGAAGGCGGCGGGGGGACAAGGAGGACCACCACGGGUGAGGCACCUGCUUCUUGCCAGGUGCUAGGUGGCACUUGAAGCACACUUUCUCCUGUCACACACCCCCCUCUCUCCCCCAAACAAACUAAUCCUCAGAAGUGGAUGCUCUUUGCUCCUGGUUCCAGAGGAAGAAGCAGAGACGUGUCCGUAGGCACAAAGCUGGUAAGUGGCAGAAGCAGGAUCUGGCCCCAGAACUCACGGUGCCAGCGGUCCCAUCACAAGCAGCCACCUCCAGCCCCAGAAUGGGCUUCCCAGCCGCCACUGGUCCUGCUGGGGCCAGCGUGGUGGUGUCAUCAAGCACAGGGCAAGGGCCAGGUGCAGUCCCAGGGCUGCGGCCCGUCCAUCACGGGAUCCCAGCCCACAGCUCCCGAGAGCUGGCGAGCCCGAGGGUGAGGGCCAAGGGGCCAGGUACCUGCUCUUGGGCCACCCGGCUUCCUGCACCAGUUGCGACCGCACUGCUGCCUGUCACCACCAGGACAUGGGCCUCGGCCAGGCGGCUACGAGCUAGCUUAGGAACGACGUCCUACUGCGUGUAUUUAUUUGAGGUGACUCUAGUACUUGGCAAAGGGAAGUUUCACUGUGUGAUUGUCUUAAUAUAAUUUGUUGAAUAAACGUUUGUUUUAACCUUU